UCGUCCAUUUUACAUUCACAUUUCUAGUAACGUUCUCCGGACGUUUAGUCACUUUGAAUUUUUCUCCAUUUUUAAACGUUUUCACCAUGCUUUAUUUCAGCCACGACAUCUCGAGCUCGAUCUCUCAUGUUCUCGCAUCCUCUCGUCGUUCUAUUUUUGGCUCGUUGUAAUUAUAGCUACACGAUUGUACACUCGCCGCUAGUCAAAAGAGUCGAUCCUCUUCUCCCUUCGCUCUUUACUAUUCACUUCGUCACAGUCGAGUCCCAAGUGUGCGUGUUUCGACGUUCGAAACUUACCGCUUCGGAUUGUCGACGAAUCCUUCGAUAAUCGACUGAAAUUCACACCUUCGAUGGAGCCAAGUUUUUUUAUAAUUACACAAGGAAUCGUCGACAGUUUCCUCGAAGAAUUUUGAAAAUGUAUUUUUGCCAAGUCGUUUGAAGACCCUGGAGCAACCGGAGGAAAUGGCCAGCAACGAUGACGAAACUCCGAUGCUGGGUGCAUGUGCAAUUUGUGAAAAAAGUGCAUCUCUGCGGUGCGCCGGAUGCAGAAAGCGUUUUUACUGCAGCAAGGAACAUCAGCGCGGCGAUUGGGCGAGGCACAAGUUGGCCUGUCGUUCCUGGGAGAUAAGGGAGAACGAAGAGCUCGGAAGACAUCUAAUUGCGAGCAGAGAUCUCGAAACCGGUGAUUUUAUAGUUGCCGAAACUCCGAUUGUUUGGGGACCGGCACCUCAUGGAGAUUCCAUUGUUUGCGUCGGUUGUGGCGACUCAAAAGUUCGCGUCAGAUGUCCCGGAUGCAACUGGUAUGCUUGCAGAGUUUCUUGCGACGGUCUCGUCGACGAAAACCGCCACGGAAUCGAGUGCGCGUUUCUCACCAAAUCAGGAAUGAUUCCGAGAUGCGACAUUUUGCUAGUCCUAAGAAUUCUUAUUCUGAGGCGGAGGAAUCCGAAACUUUGGGCGAUUCUUGGGGCACUACAAAGUCACGAGGAAUCUCGUGGAGUAGGAACGGAAGCGUACGAAGAGACGGAACUAGUAGCGAGACAAAUCGAUGCUGUUCUCGCUAUGGAUCCAUCCUCCAGGGAAAUUUUACCCAAAAUUUGUGGGCUAAUCGACGUUAACGCUCUGGAGACGAAUCCUCCGGAGGGUUGUGCAGCGCUUUACGAAACGGCUUGUUUGCUCGAGCACAAUUGCGUCGCCAAUACGCGUCACAGUUUUUCUAUCGAUGCACAGGGACGACCGAAAAUAACGGUGACUGCAGCUACUUCCAUUAAAAAAGGGGAGCAUCUCAGUACGAUGUACACGCACGCCCUUUGGUCAACGAGAUCUCGGAGGGAGCAUUUAAUGGUAACGAAAUAUUUUUCGUGUCGCUGUGACCGCUGUACCGAUCCGACCGAGCUCGGGAGCCAUCUUGGUACCUUAAAGUGUCUCUGCGGAAGCGGCCUCGUCUUGCCGAACAAUCCUCUGGACAACGAGACCGAAUGGACGUGCACCGUCUGCCCUGGGUCGCUGACGGCGUCGGAAGUUGCCCAGUUGACCGACAGACUCGCCGACGAUGUUGACGCUGCAAUGGGAAUGGCGCGGAAAGAUUCUCUCAGCGAUCUUCUGUCGCGAUUGAGCGUUCUCCUUCAUCCUGGACACCAACAUUGCACAGCGGUCGGUCACUCCCUCAUGCAACUUUUGUCCCCGGAAGAUCCGAAAAAAGCGCAAAUUUGCAGGCAAAUAAUCGAGACAACGUCGAUCCUCGAUCCCUACGGAAUUCGUUUGUGUCUCUACACCGCGGUGGCUCUUCGCGAACUCGCUUCUUGCCCGGGACAGGAUAGGAAAGCGUUGCUCGAACGAGCUCGAAGUUUACUCAGCCACGAACCCCCGAAUACUCCUGGCCAGGAAGUUCUCAGACUCGUGCAAAACGAAUUGACCAACUGAACCGACGAAAGCAUCCUUUAUUCACUAUUUUUUUCAUCUCGCAUUCAAUCUGCACAUUUUUUUUUCUCCCACGUGAACGAGAUCGACGAAUAAACCUGAACCUUCAUUUUUCUAUUUAAAUUCAUUACUCAACUCGUGCUGACUACUUUUAUGCUCAGAAAUUCGUCCUAUUCGAAAUAUCGAAAAUAUUUUUCGCAAUUACGUGAAAAAGGGAUUUUUCGUGGCAUUUUUUCGGGAAUUUCGUUAAGGUUGUUGCUAAAUAUUUUUAGAGGGCGGGGCUAAGAGACGAAGCUCCUAUGAUAAUAGAUUGAGUGACGUCAGCAAUGCCACCUUAUAGAUACCGAAUGAUUACUGUUCAUUCGGAUGAAAAAUGCGAAAAUGUACAGGUGUGUGAAUGAUAAUAUUAAUUGCUAUUGAGAAACAUGUUUAUUUUAAUCACUUAAUAAUUAUCGCAGAAACACGCGUAGAUGCGCCGCAUUCUUGAUCAAUCUGUCAAGAUUUGUGGAAAAAAUUGAAAGUAAAAAAGAAAAAAAUGUUUUAGUAAAAAGAUGUCCAUUUUUUCGAGGGACUGUAAAAAUGUUUUCUGUUUUUCGCAUGCUUCAAAACUUUUGUCAAUAAAAAUAGCUCAUCUCCCGA